AUGAGCGAAUACAGUGACGCCCAUGGCAGGAAGUGGCAAAAGAGAUUGGACUACUUUGAGCUUAUGGCCGGGCCAGGUCUCCGAGCUGCUAUCGUGGGCCAGGAGCACACGGAGGUGAAGGAGGUGACGCUGAUGGCGCUCCAAGGGACCAGGGUCUGCAGCAGGAGCUGGGCUCGAGCGGCUCCGUCGCGCCGCCUGGCGGUGAUGCGUGUGACCGGCGCCAGGGCAGCCCGCGCGGUGCCUGCCCGCGCCCCCAGCUCUGCCAGCGGCGGGAAGAGCCCGGCUCCACCGCCGCCUUGGCCUCCGUUGGGCGCCGCGCUUCGAUUGCGCCGCCGGCCCGGCCGAGCUCGGGGCCCCUCGUGCGCCCCGUCCGCGGGAGUCGGCGGCCUCGCGCGCCGCAGGGGAGCCGGGGACGCGAUCCGCGGGAUCCGGGGCCGCGGCGCCGCGCCCCUCGCCUCGGCCCGCGCCGCCGCUAGGGGUCCAGGGGCGCGGACGGCCGGUGGGCCGGGGGUGCGUGGGAGGCCGCAGCCUCGAGUCGGGGGGCGCACGGGCCCGGCCGGGGCCCCGGGGGCGGCGGCGGCGGCGGCGGCGCGGGCGGCCGCGCUCGGAGGGGCGGGCGGGAGGAGGGGCUCCCCGCGCGGGGCAGGGGCGGAGCGAGCGGCCGCGCCGCGGAACCAACGGCGGCGGCGGCAGCUGCAGCCGCAGCAGCAGCAGCAGCCCCGGCGGCGGCAGCCUCUCCUCUGGCCGAUGAAUGCAGACCCGCCGCCGCCGCCGCCGCCGCCCUGGGUCUGGAUGGUCCCCGGCCCGGCCGGGCUGCUCCGGCUGGGCGCCGGGGUCGCGCCCGCGCCCGUGCUGCUCGCCGCGGCGCAGGCCCCCGCCGGCCCGCUGCUCCCGGGGCCGCCCGGCUGGCAAGCCCCCGGGGAGCCCCUGCUGCCGAUGCUGCCGCUGCCCUCUGCGCCAGACCCCGCCGCCGCCGCCGCCGCCGCCGCGCACCACUACCCCUUGCUCCACGGGCAGUGGCUGCUUGGUGGUCCAUCUCCAUCCCUAGGACUGACCUCUUCUUCCUCUGUGGGGUUGGUACCCAUUUUCCCACACGUCUGCCCAUCUGCUCUUCCACCUACUAUUGGGAAAAGUUGGAUAGACAAAGGGAUACCUAACUGUAAGAUCUUUUUUAAUAAUUCCUUUGCUCUGGACUCAACAUGGAUCUAUCCUGAGGAAUCAAGGUUGUUCCAUGGGCAUGAAAAGCCUCAUUUGUUGGCAAAUCAAAUGGCGAUGUCUCUGUCCAGACCAGCUCCUGCCUCCAGGCCUCUCCCCACACUGGUGCUAGCACCUCAGCCGAUACCAGGUGGUUGUCACAACAGCCUUAAGCCUGUUGGCAGCAGCCCCGCCAUCGCCAUCACCGCCGCUGCCGUGGUGUCUGUGGACCCCGAGGGACUUGGGGGCCCGUCGCCCCCCCGCGUGCAGCCCUGCCACUUCCUGACGUUGGCACCCAUCAAAAUACCCCUGCGGACGGCCCCCUUCUCGGAUAAAAGCAGAGAGCGUGGCCGAGCGCCCGGCCCUCCCGGCCUGAUGCUGCACGCAGACAGGAAGAGCCGGGCUGGGGACGGAGAGGACAAGGAGUCUCCAUCCAUACUAGUCACGAGAGAGGACAGCGCAGAGAAGGGCAACAGACCUGUGGCCUCUACCCCGGUGCCCGGAUCUCCCUGGUGUGUGGUGUGGACGGGGGAUGACCGGGUUUUCUUCUUCAACCCGACGAUGCAGCUGUCCGUGUGGGAGAAGCCCACGGACCUGAAAAACCGCGGGGACCUCAACAGGAUCAUUGAGGACCCGCCCCACAAGCGCAAGCUGGAGGCCCCAGGAGGCGACCACAGCGACGGGUCGAGGUCCGAGGACGGCCAGGAAGACCGCAACGUGAGAACCAAGCGGAACCGGACAGAAGGCCGCGCGAGUCCGAGGCCAGAGGAGGCAGAAGGAGUGGACAAGGGCCCCGGAACAGCACCCCAGAUCCUGCUGCCCCUGGAGGAGCGGGUGACCCACUUCCGAGACAUGCUUCUGGAGCGAGGGGUGUCAGCGUUUUCCACGUGGGAGAAAGAAUUGCACAAAAUCGUGUUUGAUCCACGAUACCUCCUGCUAAACUCUGAGGAGCGGAAACAGAUAUUUGAACAGUUUGUCAAGACCAGGAUAAAAGAAGAAUAUAAGGAGAAGAAAAGCAAAUUGCUGCUAGCCAAAGAGGAAUUCAAAAAACUUCUGGAAGAAUCUAAAGUGUCACCCAGAACCACAUUUAAGGAGUUCGCAGAGAAGUACGGCCGGGAUCAGAGGUUUCGGCUCGUUCAAAAAAAGAAGGACCAGGAGCAUUUUUUCAACCAAUUCAUACUUAUUCUUAAGAAACGGGACAAGGAAAACAGACUCCGGCUGCGGAAAAUGAGAUGAGUGCGUGAGAGGCACAGAAAGACAGGUGCGG